AUGUUUAAUAUAAUAAAAAUCAAUAUACUACUACUAGUAUUACUACUACAAUUAUUUGUAAAUGCUGAUACCUCAUCAUUUUUUCAAAAUGUUACUCAACCUACAUUAAAUUAUAAUUCAUUUGGUAAUAGAAUAGGAUUUUUUGGAUCUUUUAUUUCUACAAGUUUUUAUAAAUAUAUUGGAUCUUCACAAUUUUUAACAACAAAUUCUAAUCAAGCAGAAGAAGAAGACUCAAACGCAAAUUCAAAAAGAGAUGAUAACAUUUCACAAUCAUCAAAUCAAAAUAAUUUAUUUCUACAAGAUACAAAUAAUAAUUUUAUAUCAAAAUUUGGAAAUUUAAAUGGACCAAUUAGUCAAUUAUUAAGAAUAUCUGAUGAUUCAAUAAUUUUAAAUGGUAAUUUUACUGAAUUUAAUUCACAAUCAGUCAAAAGUCCAAUUAUAUAUAAUAUAACUUCAAAUUCUACUACAAAUAUAAUACCCAAUAAUGGGUUUAAUGGUACAGUUAAAACAAUUUUUAUUGAUAAAGAAUUGAUAUAUCUUGGUGGUAAUUUUACUUUUAAUAAUACCAUUGGUGUUGCAAUUUAUAAUCAAACUUCAAAAAAUUUAAAUUCUACAUUAUUUCAAGGUUUUGGAAAUGAUUCAACUAUAAAUAGUAUAAUUAAAGUUGGAGGUAAUGAUACAGAUAAUGGAUCAAUCAUAUUUGGUGGUAAUUUUAAUACUUUAGGUUUAUCUGAUUUAUUAGUGCAUAAUAUUACAUCAAACUCAACUUCAAAUCAUAAUGAAACUAAUUCAACAAUUGUUAAUGCAGAACAAGUUAUAUCUUUAAGACAUGGUAUCUUUACUUCAGUUAAUGCACAAGAUGAAGGGGAAAAUUCAAAAAUUAUUUGUCCAUCUACUAAUAACAUAUGGGAUGCUACACCAAAUUCAGGAGCUGAAUGGAAAGUUGAAUUACCAGAUGAAAUGAAGGGAAUUACACCAACAAAAGCGCGUAUUUAUUUACCAGAAAGUGAUAAUGGUAUAAAAUUAUUUAGAAUUUAUUCAUUCCCGAAUAAUGGUAUAAUGAAUUUGACAUAUAUUGAUCCAUCAACAAAUGAAUUAGCUUAUUGUGAUGCUUGGUGUCCUUUAAAUAGUUUCGAUGAUUUAAAUGAAUUUGUUGAUAAAAAUAGAGAUAAUGCUACUGAUUUAAAUCAAGACGAUGUUUUUGUUGAUGAAGAAGAUGGUACUUUUUUCAAAUAUUAUGAUCCAUCUACUAAAACUAAAAAUCUUGGAUAUGGAGCUAAUUUUCAAGAGUUUGCAUUUAUAAAUCAAAUUGGAUUUGAUCAAUUAGGAUUAACCAUAUUAGAUUGGUAUGGAAAUCAAGCUUCAUUUAGUGGAUUUGAAUUAUAUCAAAAUGCAAUUACAGUGUAUGGUAAUAAUACUUUAAAUGAACCAAAUUGUGAUGAUGAUUUUAAUAAAGAAAAUAAUAAUUAUGCUGAUAUUAUAUCUGGUAAUUUUCAAUCUAUUAAAGCUAUAGAUCCUCAAUUGACUGGAAAUGAUUAUUUAGUCACUUAUGAUACAAAUGCAAAGAUUGUACUAUAUCCAAAUAUUUCAUAUUCGGGUGAUUAUUCUAUAAUAAUGACAACACCAGGAUGUUCACAAGAUAAUUCGUGUCAACAAAGAGGUAUUGUAAACGUCACACUUACCGAUAUUGAUGAAAAUAUCUUAUCAAGUAAAUUAAUUUAUCAAAAUAACGAAAAUGCUAAAUUUGACUAUUUGUUUUAUGGUCAUUUAAAUAGUAGCUCACAAGGUCAUAAUAAUAAAAUUGAAGUUUCAUUUCAUGAUACUAUCAUCUCAGGUGAACAAAACCCAAUGAUCGUGGUCGAUAAAGUUACAGCAAAUAUUGUUUCGUUAGAUCUGUACUAUGAUAGAAAUAAUACAAACAGAACAUCAAAUAGAAAUGGAUCAGAAUUAGUUUAUAUAAAUUUAAAUGGUCUAUUUGAAUAUUCAUUAGCAAAUUUUACCGAUUUUGAUGAAAAUCUAGUACAUUAUCGAGAAAACAAUAGAACAUUAAUCAAUACAAACAAUACAUAUGUUGGUAAUUCAUCAAUUAAUUUAUUAAGUGGAAGAAUAUCAAAUGAUUCUGAAGUGAGAGAAAUAAAUUUGUUUGAUGAUUCUUUAAGCUUUUUUGGACAAUUUGAAUCAAACAGUAACAAUUUAACAUUAAGUAACAAUAAUUUAAUUACAUUAAAUAUAUCAUCAUACAACUCAACCUCAAAUGAAACAAAUGUAAAUUUACCAACAACCUUGAGGAAAAGAGAUGAUCAAACCAUUCAUGGAGCAACUUUUAAUAACACUAUAUCAAAAACAAUUACCGUCAAGAAUUCAUUAUUAGUACUUGGUAAAUUUUCAAUACUGGACUCAUCAAUAAAAAAUCUUUCUAAUAAUAAUGGAACUACUUCACAAGCAAAUAACUUUGCAUUAUACUCAAAUAAUCAAUGGUAUAGUUUUGGAAACAGUUUUGAAGAUGUUGAAUAUGAUCAAUUUGCUAAUCCAACUAUAGACAAAAUUGAAUACUAUAUUUUCUCAUCAUCAUCAGGUUCAAACUUCAAAACUUGGGAUAACACAAACGCCAAAUGGUCAACAAAUCAAUAUAAUUUAACUCAAUCAUUACCACUAAACUCUCAACAACAAAUACUUGGUGGGAGUAGUUUCAAUAUAAUGGAAUUUAAUAGCAUUAAUCAAGCAUAUAUUGCUAAUGCUGAGUUUAAUAAGUUUGGGUUUAACGUUACCGAAAAUUCAUCCGAUUUUAUAUCAAAUUCAUUUUAUGUCAAUGACUCAAUAAGUAUUAUUGGUGGUAAAUUUACUUCUGGUGAUGUAAGAAAUGUUGGAAUUAUCAAUAAUACAGACCCAUCAAGUUCCAUUAAAGCAUUACAAGGUAAUGAAGUUGUUUGGGAUGAUCAAACUGAAAUUGAAACAUUGUAUGUUGACAAUGAUUCGGAAUAUUUAUUCAUGGGAAUUCAUGGAUCAAUUGAAAUCAAUAAUAAUAACUUAACUGGAAUAAUAAUUUAUGAUUUAAUAAAUGAUACAUUUACAUCAUUUCAACCACCUGCAUUAUCAAAAAGUGAUGGUUCUUCAAUCCAUGUCAAUUCAGUUGUUUUGUUUGAUGAAGGUCAUAAAUUAUUAGUCGGUGGUGAUUUUGAUACUGCAGGAUCAUUAAGUUGUCCUUCUUUAUGUGUUUAUGAUAUUUCAAAUACAAGAUGGAUAAAUCCUCAAAAUGAUGCUUCUACAACUCAAAAUAUUGGUGGUGUUAUAACUGAUAUGAAAUUUUAUACUGCUAAUCAUGUUUUAAUAACUGGUAAGAAUUUAACAUUAAAUAAUGAUAAUAUUAAAUUUAUGACUUAUAAUUUCAAUAAUGGAGAAUUUGAUACUUCGGAUUCUUUAAAUAAAUUAAACAAAGAUGUCAAUAAAUUCAUUAUCAAUGACAGAUCUUCAAAUUCAAAUUUAAAUAAUAGAAUGGUUGUCAUUGGAGAUGAAUAUGUUUCUGGAUUUGAUGGUACUAAUUGGUAUAGCAUAGAUCAAGAUUUAAAUAUUGAUAAUACCACCAAUUUUAACGACCUAAAAUUAUUAACAGCAGAAAAAUCUACAUCAUAUAAUAAAAGCUUAUUUGAUAAUGAUAAAUUACUAAUAGUUGCUGGUAUAUUUAGUAUAAAAGAUUAUGGUUUAGUCAAUAUGGCAUUAUAUAACGGUACCUCAUGGAUCCCUUAUGUUUAUACAUUACAACAACAACAAAAUCAAACCACUACACCUCAAAUAGGAGAUGUUAAAACAAUACUAAUAAACGAUCAAAAUAGAUUUUUAUCUUCAGAUGAUUUAAAAAAUUUAAAUAAGAAUUUAUCAAAGGGUAAAGUAGUAGGUAUAUCAUUAGCAUGUGCAUUAGGUUCAACUACAUUAUUUGGAUUAUUAUAUAUUAUUCCAUAUUUUGCAUUAUUAAAAAAUAGAAAGGGUUACGUUCAAAGAAUUCAUGAACAAGAUAUGAUGGAUGCAGUAAAUCCUGAAGAUUUAUUACAUGAAAUUGAUUUACAAAGGGAAAAAUAG